ACAAUUAACGGGAGUAAUUCAUGAGAAGGAUGAAACUCUAGGGUUCUCUUUGUUAUCGUCGCCACAUAUACCCAACCUCUACGCGUUCAGAACCUGCCCAAAAUCGAGCAGGUUGGUAGACCAUAUUUACGGUGGAAUAUUUUUCUUCGGUGCUAACACCGUGAGAGUUGCCGAUAUGUAUCAUGCUGCGCGGAAACAUAUUUAAUGUAGCUUAAAGGGAGCUCCAUCCCUUCCACAUUGAACACAGCAUUCAGUUGUACAUGAACGUAUGGAUAUUCGGAAGUGCACAACUUUUAUUGAUGCACGUCCUGUCAGUAUGGAACCGUUGAAUUGUUCCAUUAAGGGGCACGAAAAGGUUCAUGUUGAAGAGCAGGAGACAGUACCUGAUCCUGAUCCUGAUGUUGUUGCAGAUGUAGAUAUAGAUGUUAGAGAAAUUUAUUUUUUGAUUAUGCAUUUUCUGUCGGCUGGGCCAUGCCAGAGAACUUCUAGACAAUUUUGGAGCGAACUUCUGGAACAUCAGCUCCUACCUAGGAGAUAUCAUGCUUGGUAUUCAAGGAGUGGUGCACUUAGUGGCCACGAAAAUGACAAUGGAGACUCCUUUCCAUUAAGUUAUGGUAAAUUAGUUCAAAGGUACCCACAUAUUGAAAAGGAUCACUUGGUAAAGCUGUUGAAACGACUGAUACUCAAUGCAGGUCCUACUUUUAACAGCAUGGGUGGAAGGAGUGCUCCAAGUGCAGUUGAUGUUCCUACACUGCUUGGAACUGGUUCCUUUUCUCUUCUGGCUUCUGACCGGAAGGAAGUUAAGAAGCAACUCAAGCCUCUGUCCACAUACUUGCGUUGGCCUCACAUGCAGGCUGAUCAGGUGCGUGGGCUGACUCUCAGAGAAAUCGGAGGUGGUUUUCCAAAACACCAUCGCGCCCCAUCCAUUCAUUUUGCCUGUUACACUGUUGCCAAACCCUUGACGAUGGUUCAAAAGAUGCAAAACAUAAAGAAACUGAGAGGUCACCGCGAUGCUGUUUAUUGUGCUAUAUUUGACCGCUUAGGGAGGUACGUGAUUACUGGAUCAGAUGAUCGUCUGGUCAAGAUUUGGUCAAUGGAAACUGCAUUUUGCUUAGCUAGCUGCCGUGGACAUGAAGGUGACAUCACGGACUUGGCCGUAACUUCAAACAAUGCUUUGGUGGCAUCUGCGUCAAAUGAUUACAGCAUUCGAGUUUGGCGCAUACCAGAUGGGUAUCCUAUUUCAGUUUUGCGUGGACAUAUAGGAGCUGUUACUGCCAUUGCAUUUAGUCCCAGGCAUAACUCUGUAUACCAGCUUUUAUCGUCAUCUGAUGAUGGAACUUGUCGGAUUUGGGAUGCUAGGGUUUCCCGCUGCAGUUUACGUGUUUACCGCCCAAAGCCAAGAGAUGGCAUUUCCUCCUUAGGAAAAAGCCAUGGUUCCUCCUCAAAUAAUGCUCCCUCCUCAAGCAUUGGUGUGCAAUCCCAUCAAAUACUAUGUUGCACUUACAAUGCUGAUGGAACCGUAUUUGUUACUGGUAGCUCUGACACUUUUGCAAGGGUUUGGAGUGCUGUUAAAUUCUAUAAUGACUCAGAUCAACCAAACCAUGAAAUUGAUGUCUUGGCUGGCCAUGAGAAUGAUGUCAACUAUGUGCAGUUCUGUGGCUGUGCUGUGGCUCCACGAUCUUCAAUGCCUGAUUCCAGAAAUUCUAGGUUCAAUAAUGACAACAUAGUCACAUGCUCGCGAGAUGGCAGUGCAAUUAUUUGGGUUCCAAAGUCACGUAAAUCUCAUGGCAAAGCUGGAUGUUGGACACGAGCUUAUCAUCUCAAAGUUCCUCCUCCCCCAGUUCCUCCUCAGCCUCCUCGAGGAGGCCCACGUCAGAGACUUCUUCCUACUCCUCGGGGUGUUAAUAUGAUCGUGUGGAGUCUGGACAACCGAUUUGUGCUUGCGGCAAUCAUGGAUUGCAGAAUAUGUGUUUGGAAUGCUGGUGAUGGUAGCUUAGUACAUUCCUUGACUGGUCACAGCCAAUCUACUUAUGUGUUGGAUGUUCAUCCUUUCAACCCCAGGAUUGCCAUGAGUGCUGGGUAUGAUGGGAAAACCAUAGUAUGGGAUAUAUGGGAAGGCACACCUAUCUGGACAUAUGAAAUUGGACGCUUUAAGUUGGUUGAUGGAAAAUUUUCCCCGGACGGGACGUCCAUUGUUCUUUCAGAUGAUGCUGGACAAAUAUAUCUGGUAAACACUGGCCAAGGCGAUUCCCAAAAAAAUGCGAAAUAUGAUCAGUUUUUCUUAGGAGAUUAUCGCCCCCUUUUCCGGGACAGUCUGGGUAAUGUUGUCGAUCAGGAGACACAGCUUGCUCCCUACAGAAGGAAUAUUGAAGAUCCUCUCUGUGAUUCAAGUAUGAUACCAUAUGCCGAACCUUAUCAGAGUACGUACCAGCGACAUCGUCUGGGUGCACUUAAUAUUGAGUGGAGACCAUCUUCCAUAAAAUUCACGAUUGGCACAGAUAUUGGUUUGGGCCACGAAAUUCUACCCCUUCCUGACUUAGACAGAGUGAUUGAGCCCCUACCAGAGUUUAUGGAUGCCUUGAACUGGGAACCAGAGAAUGAAGUUGUAAACGAAGAUAAUGAUUCAGAAUAUAAUGUUACUGAUGAAUAUUCCAGUGAAGGUGAGCAGGGAAUUUUGUAUUCCACUGCUUCUAGUGAUCCAGAGGGCAGUGAAGAAGACAAUAUGGUGGAACAAUGUCAUAAAGAUGGUCUCCGCAGAUCGAAAAGGAGAAAACACAAGGCAUCAGACGUCAAGUUGGCAUCAUCUGGAAGGCGUGUCAAGAGGAGGAAUUUGGAUGAGCACGAUGGCACUUCAUCGAGGACUAAAAGAGUUAAGAAGCACAAAAGUGGCCAGAAAACAUCUAAGAAGAUUAAGGCAAAGGCAUUAAGAUCUCAGCGAGUUGCUGCACGAAAUGCUACGAGUCUUUUCACUCAAAUUACUGAAGCUUCAGCAGACGAAGAUGACGGUAGCUCAGAAGAUGAUUCCUCAGAAAGUGAGAUAACGCAGAAAGAUUCAAACACACAGAGAAAUGAAGCUGAUUGCAGCUUGCAGAAUGAACAUCUGAAAGAUCCAAAAGAUGAACAAGCAUCUUUAUAUGACUCAAGGGACGUGUUCAAGCCUUCUGAACCACUUGAAUCUCAGAGGGGUAUUGGACGAAGAACAAGAUUGGUGCUGAAGCUUCCAUAUCGUGAUCUUAAGAGGACUUCUGAAAACACUAGACACCAAAUUGACAAUCAGGCUAACUUAGCGUCUUCGUCUUCUUCACCUGCUCGAGAAAUUUUAAAAGAAGAUUGCGUCAAUAUGAUCGUAGAGGAUCCAGGGCUGUCUUCUGCAAACGGAUAUGGUGCCAAUGAGUUAGAGAACUGUUACAGAACUGAUUUUAGAGGUAGAGAACCUAACAAGUUUGAGGGUUAUUGUGAGACAUCUAUAGGGGACAAGAAGAGCAAAAUCAGAUGGGGGGAGGUCAAGGUACAAACUAUCAAGCAAAUGACACCAGAUCUCUCGCCAACAGAUGCCUCCACUGGGUUUUGUGCAACUUUGGAUGGCCACAAGGGAAACGAGACUGCUGUCACUAUUAAUGAGAAACCACAAAAUGAAGUUGCUUUUUCAUGCCCCGCUUCACCGAUCCAAGACUUUGAAGGCAAGUUGCUGAGUGGCACUUAUAGUGCUGAGGAACAGUUUGAAACUGGUGCGUCAGAGAGGAUGGCUGGUUCAAGGGAUAGGCAUCUUUCUACUGAAGACGUGCAAGAAUCUUCAUUGUCUGAUAUAUGCAGACAGUAUGACAUGGUUGCUGUUACAAACCACCCCGUUGAUUUCAAGGAGAACCCUGCACCCAAGCCAAUAAAAUUAAGGAUCAAAUCAAACAAGGUUUCCAGGGAUCCUGAAAGGCCCUCCCAACUAAACGAAUCUAUUAGACCGACGGAUGAUGCUGGUCACAGUGGGGUAAAACUGAAUUGGUAUAGAAGCAACCCAGAAGGUUAUAGUGUUGCUCCAGGAGUGAGAAUUUCAAAGGCUUCUAGCCAUAGUGAUAGUUCAGGAAGUGAUCUCCCUGAAGAUAACGUAACUGAUGCAUUUCGAAGAACCAGAUCUAUGGGGUUGCAUGCAAAUUCUAGGGAGACAGAUGCUGAGAACCACAGGUUUGAGGCAAGGCAGGGUCUAAGAUCAUCAGGGACUUCAAAACAGAAAUUCUUGAAGAAAGCACUUGAUCAGCUCCCUUCGGAAGAAUGGACAAGAAGUCCAAAAAUAGUGAGGGGAACUAAGGGAGUUGUUUAUUGUGAUAAUGUCAAAAAAAAUUCAGCUCUAACAACACAGCCCCAUCCAAGAACAUCUAAUUGGUUAACACUAUCACAGCAAGAGGAGGGUUGUCGUUACAUCCCUCAACUCUCUGAUUACGUUGUAUACUUGGUGCAGGGCCAUCAGGGGUAUUUGGAAUCAAGUGGCUUGUCAGAAAGACGUCCAUGGGCAUCAAUUAAGAGGAACAUUAGAGCUGUGGAGUUCUGCUCAGUUGAAGGCCUUAGUUAUUCCCAAGUUCCAGGUUCUGGAGACAGCUGUUGCAGAAUUACGCUGAAGUUUACUGACCCUUCUUCUAGUGCGUUUGGUGAAGCAUUUAAAUUCACUUUGCCUGAACUGACUAAUCAUCCGGAUUUUCUGGUGGAGAGAAACCGGUAUGAUGCCGCUAUUAGGAGAAACUGGAGCCUUAGGGAUAAAUGCCAGGUGUGGUGGAGGAGUGGAAGUGAUAACGAAGGUGGCAGUUGGUGGAAAGGUUGGAUUGUUUCUUCAAAGGACAGAUCUGAUGAGUUCCCUGGCAGUCCAUGGGAAAGGUUUGAGAUACAGUAUGAUGGUGAUGAUUCUUCGACAACUUAUCCUCAUAGCCCUUGGGAACUGUAUGAUCUUGAAAGUUCGUGGGAGCAUCCCCAUAUGGAUGAUGGCACUGAAGAUAAGCUUUUUUCUGCCUUUGCUCAUUUGCUGCAGUCCGCCAGAGAAAAGCAGGAUCCUUAUGGAAUUCUUAGGCUAAACCAAGUUGCGGAGAAACUGGAUUUCAUAAACAAGUUUCCGGCCCCCUUGUCACCUGAUUUAAUUGAGUUGAGGUUGGAAAACAAGUAUUACCGAAGCGUGGAAGCAGUGAAGCAUGACAUGAGAGUCAUGCUGUUAAAUGCCCAAACUUAUUUUGAAAAAAAUGCAGAGGUUGGAGCAAAGAUGAAGCGCCUAUCGGAAUGGUUUACUAAGACAUUAUCAAACUUGUAGGAUGAGGGGGAAAAAAAGGCCUGUAGAGUUGUAGUGAUACUUAGUGCACAUAUGGUGUUUACCAAUUUUUUUUCUUCUCUCUCUCUAGUUUCUGAUCUACUAAUCCAAUUUUGCCCAAGGGAGGAAGAUGUCUUGGGAAAUCAAUAGUUUUGUUGUACCAUAUACACAGGAACCGUGUAUAUUGAUUUGAAUUUUCGGUAUACUACCAUAAUUGCCCAUUUUGUA